AUGAAUGUCCCCCUCUCGGCCGUCGAGCAAUCCGGCGAAACCUCCGAGGUUGUCCGACUUCCCCCUUCGCUAGGCGGGGGAUAUCUUGCCUGGGCGGAGGUGAGUCACCAACUACACUGCGUGAAUAUGUUGCGCAAGGCGAUCUACGCGGAGUAUUACCGCAACCGAACUCGAGAUCUACAGCAAGACAGGCAUCUAGUCUACAAACAUUUAGUUGAUCACUGCGUCGAUCUCCUCCGGCAAGUCCUCCUCUGCAACGCCGACACGGGCAUCCAACUCCACCAUUGGGUCAAGAGGAACCCAACCCCGGUCCCGAACGGGAACACAUGGCAUAAAUGCAAGGAUACAGAGAGCAUCUUGGCCUGGACGAGAGACCGGCAGGUCAUAUUUCCUCCCGGGGAGAGGAGCAUUCCCAUCUUGCCUGGCUCGAGUGUGUAUGAGGGGAACCCAUAG